CCUCUCCCUGACCCUCCCCCCACACAACAAAUCCUGGCCUCUCGACUGUCUUCAACAAAUCACUAAAUUGCCUCCCACUGUGCUCAAACUACAGAACCCGGUGAUACACAUCCAUCAUCAACAACAACAACAACGCGCCACUCGCCAGAACAGUCCAAAUUCUGCAGGUUGCAAAGAAGCCUAGGAGGAGGUCAGCACCUGGCAUGCAUCCAUCGAGGUCAUGCUCAAUUUGAGUACGUUUCGCCGGACUGAUUAGGCCUCAGCUGCAGCAGACUGAGUGAGCCGAGGAUGCCACGCUCCCUCCCUCCCUCCCUCCCUCUCUCCCCUCCUCCCGGAUCCCGCCAACCCACAACUCUCGCCUUGCGCUUCUUCUGUACUCGGGUACUCUGCACUCUGUGCCAUCGGUCAAACCCGCUUUAUUUGUUGGGUGACUUAUCCACCUUCCUUUUUGGUUUUGUUUUUGGAAUUCGCCUUUGUUCUUCUCGGACUCCACACACUUCCCAUCAAAUCUGAACCCUCAAACAAUCCUGAGGCUUUUGAAUUUUUUACUGGAAGAUACUCCACCAGCGUUACCCAAGUUCGGGCGAAUCUGGAGAUAUGGGAUGGGAUGGAGCAUGGGGCUGCAAGGGCUCUGUUUUUUUAUGGGUAUGAAGCCAAAACAUCCAAAAUCUGCUUUGGACAUGAUGCCCUGACCUUUUGUCCCACUCCCUUGUUCCUUUACUUCACUCAAAUCCAUGUUCCUCC